AUGUCGAACGAAAUGGAAGUCGACCCUCCCGUCGCCCAGGACGAUGCCCCCGCACAGUCUGAAGGUUUCGAGCCACAAACCCAAUCAGGCGCAGUCGCCGUGCGCAGUAUCGAGGGAUGGAUUGUGAUCGUGUCAAACAUUCACGAAGAAGCUUCCGAGGAGGAUAUUACCGAUCUUUUCGCAGAGUACGGCGAGAUCAAGAACUUCAGUCUAAACCUGGAUCGACGAACAGGUUAUGUCAAGGGAUACGCUUUGAUUGAAUACGCAACCCUCCCCGAAGCCGGCGAGGCUAUCAAGAACCUCAACGGCUCCAAGCUGCUUGACCAAACCCUUUCAGUUGACUACGCUUUCGUCCGUCCACCUCCAGCCAGCAAGAAUAAGGGAGGACAGAAGGGAGGCCGUGGUGGUGGUGGUGGUGGUGGUGGUGGUGCUCGGGGCCGCAGCCGUAGCCCCGGCCGCAGUCGCAGCCCGGAUGCCGACCGGAGCUAA